CUGUGUGAGGCAAGACGCCAAAUUCGUCCAAAUACGAAGUCUUGCCGAAUCAUCAUGAUCGUGGUAUAUUCAAAGCCUCACUCUGGCAUCGUGAUGCUCCCUACGAAUCACCCUCAUCUCUUCAGCCCCGAUAGCUAGCACUAUGGAGAAGCUUCGAGUUCCUGACAAUGAAGAGGCCUACUGCCGCUAUCCGGAACAAAGCAUAUACGAAUUCACGCCCCUGCCAUACAACCUCAUUCCUUCGGCCUCACAAGAGGACGUACGUGACCCGCCAGAUUUCAUCGCCAGUGCUGUUCGCAAGGCAAAGGACACGAAAGUCAAUCCGCUUUGCACGUGGUUGGGAGAACCUCCGAUUUACGUGAAUACUGGGUUAAUGCUUCCUGGGCAGGCCUACAAAGACAUAGAGCUCAAGGGUUACGUGGCUCCGCCUCCGUUAGGCGAACUGCUCGGGUGCGAUCUGACCAUUCUCGAGCAGAUCAAUCCGAAUGGCAAUCAUGCCAUGUUUCGUGUCCGGGUUGGCUCAGAAGAGCGGUUGUUGAAGACGUUCCUCGAUGAUUCAGAUUACGACGACGACGACGACGAGACAGAGUCCACCAUGGAUCAAUUUCUCGCGGAGCGGGAUGCUUACGCUCAUCUGAUCCACUACGGCGCAUGCGAUGCUGGUGUCGUGCCCCGUUGUUAUGGCUGGCUGCGUCUUUCGAAAGAGGUCACUGAUUUCGUGGCUGGUCAUUCAAGUUAUCGUUGCUGGGGUCCGUUCAUUAGGCGACAACCUCUCGGAAUUCUUCUUGAAUAUUUCCCCGAUACAAGCUGCGUUUCUUUCAACAACAUCACGUUUGCUCUUGCGCAGACUGCAAUGAAAGCAAUGUGUCGCAUUCAUCAAGCUUACGUCCUCCACGGCGAUCUUGCUAGUCGUAAUUGUCUGCUUCUCCCAAGUGGCCGGAUUGUCUGGGUCGACUUUGACCACUCUAGCAAUCCCAGUAGCAAGAAGCCUGUGAAACGGCUUGAGCUUUGGCUGGAGAUCGCUCAAGCUUGGGGGUUGUUCUAUGGAUGUUUGGUAAGUGAUCUAUCGAUAAAUCAGAGAAACCUGACAUUGAUCAAUACAUUUGGUUCGCAGUUGCCUGACAUGCGAAUUGGAUACCAAUCGCGUUCGUACUGAGUGUUAGAUUUGCCACUGUCUAAAUGUAGUCUUGUAAAAGAUAUUCCAUGAAUAUAUAUCGUCUGUUUUUCGCCGGUGUGGAAGGAUGAUCCAGACUGGAUCUUGUAGGAUGAACUUGAUCAUACUGAUCGACCGAAGUGAUCGAAAGACCUUGGGGAGAGAGGAAGUGAUGAAGGAAAUCGAGACGAAAAGGUACAUCAAGUAGAUUGCAGAAUGGGAGUCAUGGUUGGCAAGAUCGGUAAGGUGAGGACAUGUUCGUAAUGGAAGUUUGUACAUACCACGAUUCUAUUAAAUCAAUGCUGCAAAU